AUGUAUUACAAAAUAUUGUUAUUGAUUGUCUUGGUGGCUUUGACCAGCGCCGUCGAGGUAGCAAACCACGCCCAUACAGACACCACGGUCUCCGUCAAUGGAGACAUCCAGUGCUCAUCAAACGAGGAGCAAAUCAAUCAAGUGGUUGUUGAAAGUCCGGCGGCCGAGGUCACUGGUAAUGACGAUUCGAUCACUAUGAAGGGUUGCAUGUCCUGCCUCUUGGUGGCCUUCAGGACUCAGUACUACAUCACCAAAGGCCUCAGUGUCAGUGACGUCUAUUCACAGAUCAUGGUUGAUUGCGAGAAGAAUGGUGAGAUCUCCUCUACGUGUAUGUCCAUCGCCAACAAAGACCUUCAGACAUUCUACUCCAACAUCUCUGGCGACGUAACACCAAUCAACUUAUGGAACAAUGUUGGGACAGCCUCAACAUCAUUGUCAACAUAUCUCAUAUAUGGAAGAGCAUAA